AUGCAACAUUCUCACACACUUUUUCCCACCAUUCUCCUUCUCUUUUUCUUCUUUCCUUCAACACUCUCCGACCUCUCGUCGGAGCGCGCGGCGCUCCUCGCCCUGCGCUCCGCCGUGCGCGGCCGCACGCUUCUUUGGAACGCUGCCUUCUCCUCGCCCUGCGCCUGGCCCGGGGUCCAAUGCGACGCUGCCAACGUCACGGUGGUGGAGCUCCACCUCCCCGCCGUCGCUCUCUCCGGAGAGCUUCCCGCCGGCGUGUUCCCGGCGUUCCCCAACCUCCACACUCUGAGUCUUCGCGUGAACUCCCUCUCUGGCGCUCUCCCCGCCGACCUCGCCGCCUGCGCCGCCCUCCGGAACCUCUUCCUCCAGCAGAACCACUUCUCUGGCGAGGUGCCGGCGUUUCUUUCCGGUAUGACCGGCCUCGUCCGGCUCAAUUUGGCCUCCAACAACUUUUCCGGCCCAAUUCCGGCCCGGUUCGGGAAUCUCACCCGGUUGAGGACCCUUUUCCUUGAGAAUAACCGGCUCACUGGUUCGCUACCCGGUUUGGAAGAACUCGAUGAAUUGGCUCAGUUUAAUGUCUCUUACAACAUGUUAAACGGUUCUGUUCCUAAAAAGUUGCAAACUUUUGAUAAAGAAUCGUUUAUGGGCAAUACCCUUUGUGGGAAGCCACUUGGGAUUUGUCCUUGGGAUGAUGGGGGUGGUGAGAGUGGUGUAAAUGGGAGUUCAAGUUCAAGUGGGGUUGGAGGGGGUGGAGGGAGUGUGAUUGGUGGGGAAAAGAAGAAGGGAAAGCUUUCUGGGGGUGCAAUUGCUGGGAUUGUUGUUGGGUGUGUGGUGGCUCUUUUGUUGGUUGCGUUUACUUUGAUUCUUUUCUGUAGAAGUGGAAACAAGACUAGGAGUGUUGAUAAUGUUAGUAACUUGGUGGCCUUGAAGGAGGAGCCUCAACAGCAUGGGGAGGUGGGAAUUGAGGGUGGUAAUGUGGAAAAUGGUGGUGGGGGUGGGAAUUCGGCGGUGGUGGCGACAGCGGUGGCGGCAGUGAGUGGGAAAGGAGUUGGUGGUGGAAGUGUUGGAGAUAAGAAGUUGGUGUUUUAUGGUAGUAAGGUGAAAGUGUUUGAUUUGGAGGAUUUGCUUAGGGCUUCUGCUGAGGUGUUGGGAAAAGGAACUUUUGGGACUACCUAUAAGGCUGUUUUAGAGGAUGGGCCCGUGGUGGCUGUGAAGAGGUUGAGGGAUGUGACCGUUUCAGAGAAGGAGUUUAAGGAGAAGAUUGAUGCAGUGGGAGUGAUGGAUCAUGAGAAUUUGGUGCCUCUCAGGGCUUACUAUUAUAGCAGGGAUGAGAAGCUUCUUGUCCAUGAUUACAUGCCAAUGGGAAGCCUAUCUGCAAUUUUGCAUGGAAACAAAGGAGCUGGUAGAACACCAUUGAAUUGGGAAAUGAGAUCAGUCAUUGCAAUAGGAGCUGCUCGUGGCAUCGAGUACCUACAUUCACAAGGGCCUAAUGUUUCUCAUGGAAACAUAAAGUCCUCCAACAUCCUCCUAACCAAGUCCUAUGAUGCCAGGGUGUCUGAUUUUGGCCUUGCAUACCUUGUUGGUCCCUCAUCCACACCCAACAGGGUGGCCGGCUACCGUGCCCCCGAAGUAACCGAUCCACGCAGAGUGUCUCAGAAGGCUGAUGUAUACAGCUUUGGGGUGUUGCUCUUGGAACUUCUGACUGGAAAGGCUCCUACACAUGCCCUCUUGAAUGAGGAAGGAGUGGACCUUCCAAGAUGGGUGCAAUCAGUGGUCAGAGAAGAGUGGAGUUCUGAGGUGUUUGAUAUUGAGCUCCUUAGGUAUCAGAAUUCUGAAGAGGAGAUGGUUCAGUUGUUGCAAGUUGCAGUGGAUUGUGUAGUUCCAUACCCUGAUAACCGCCCUUCAAUAUCUCAAGUGAGACAACGCAUAGAAGAGUUACGUAGGUCUAGCAUGAAAGAGGGUACUCAAGACCAAAUCCAACAGCCUGAUUUGAUCGACAUUGUAGAUGAUGUAUCCUCUAGAUGA